AAGCCCAUAUGACCCAGCUCAAAGCCUCAAAACACUUCUAGGAUCUUCUUCCUUCGGUCCCUUCAUUCGCACGAACCAGCAGAACCUCCAAGAUUCCACCUCUGUCUUCCUCUCCUAUGCCCAUGGUAGUAGACGUGUAACACUGAAUCUCGCUUCCCUCUCAAAAUCGCGUUUGAUCAUCCAUAUCUUCUUUUCAGCUUUUGAUCCGAGCAGACGCCAAUCGCAACAAAUUAGGUUGGGUGUAUUUACUUCAGUGUAUUGCCGAAAAUGGUGGUGAUAGAAGUGGAAGAGACCAACAACGUCAAUCCACCAAAAUCGAAAUCAAAAUCGAGAUCAACAUCCACUUCGGCGAGUGCCAACAGGGACGCCUCCGAUGGCUUCGAGACCGCCAGCGAUGCCGAACUUCCCAGCGACGGCGACGACGAAGACUACAACAAUGAUGGAGGAGGAGCAAGGGAUAUUGGAGAGCAACAACAGCCACAAGGGGAGCUAGAAGACCAGAAAGUUGCUCCACAAGUCCAAUCCGAAGGCACACUGAACGACGACGAACGGAAACAGCAGAAAGCCUUAGCGCAAGCAAAUGAUUCGAAAUUGCAAGGAAAUAAACUGUUUGGAAAUGGGCAGUAUGAGGAAGCAUUAUUACAAUAUGAACUUGCUUUACAAUUCGUGCCAGCCAUGUCCUCCUCUGUGGAAUUAUGUUCCAUAUGCCAUGCAAAUCGUGCAGUGUGUUUUCUGAAACUGGGAAAAUAUGAUGAAACAAUCAAGGAAUGCACAAAAGCAUUAGAACUAAAUCCUACGUAUAUGAAAGCAUUGAUUAGGAGAGGAGAGGCUUAUGAAAAGCUUGAACGCUUUGAGGAGGCUAUUGUUGAUUUGAAAAAAAUCUUGGAAUUGGAUCCUUCAAAUGACCAAGCUAGGAAAACCAUACACCGCUUGGAGCCAUUGGCUGAAGAAAAGCGAGAAAAGAUGAAGGAAGAGAUGAUUGGGAAGCUGAAAGAAAUGGGCAACUCUUUAUUGGGUCGAUUUGGGAUGAGUGUUGACAACUUCAAAGCUGUCAAAGAUCCAAACUCCGGUUCCUAUUCCAUUUCGUUCCAACGUUGAGUCUUAAUUGAUUUGGUCAACAUCAACCGCGUUAGUGUAAUGGAAGCAGUCAUCUGAAUGGGGAUGGGGGGCACUACUUCAUUUGCAGGUUCCAACCAUUAUUACAAGUGAAGUGCAGUGCAGUGCAGUGCAGCGCAGCGUUGAUUAAAGUUAUAGAAUAUAAGUAGUAGUUUUGUUUCCUCCAUAAGAGAUUGAAGUGAUGUGGUCUUUUUAGUUUACUUUUGGUGUCUAUGGGUCGUAAGUUUAUACUUAUUAGUGAUUCUCGUUCAACUUCUUUAUUGCUGAUGGUCUCUGCAUCUCCAGUUUU